GGAAAUUAAUGUUGAUGUUAAAACAUGAAAAAUAAAAUGCAUUGUCUGCUCUGAACAACCUACCUAUAGAAAUAAUAUACCCACCUUGGAAAAUCCUAUGAUCAGCACCCGGAAGGAAGAAAAGAAGGUACCCAGGCGACUUUUAGAUAAGAUGUCUACAGAGUUUACAACAAAAAUGGACAAUUUCUAAGUUUUAUAAACAUUAAUAAAACAAACAUUGGGCAACCAAUGUUGGGAAGAAGACUUGUGAUGAAAAGCGGACAUUAUUUGUUGUUGAAACCUCCUUUUUUUCGAUAGUAAAGUUUGACGUUUGGUUGGACGCUAGCCAAAAACAUAAUAAACAGAUCUGCGAGAGCUAAAAUUCAAUUUAAAAAUCGUCGGUAUUAAACUCCCAAUUUGGUAGCCUUAACUAACUAAUUAAAAACCGCUUCAAACUUACAUUUGUUUAAUGGAAAUUCGUUUCGAAAGUGUUACCACUCAAGGUAAUAGGGUUGUGUUUUAAAUGACAACAAGGCUCUGCUUAAUUGUCAAGUCCUUUACCGAUAGUCCAUAUCCGACCUUUUGACAUUUACAUUUUUUCACUUAGCCUAGUGUCACUUAAACUACGCCGAGAUCAAUUUUCAAGUUGUAGCUUCGACUGUGCGAAUUUUCUUCUGCUAAUAACCAAAAUGGAGGUCAACUGUGUUUCGCCGGAGACCUGUGUUCAGCGAGAGCUCAAUGGGGGUCUCUCUGCCGUGGAAAAUGAAUUAACCAAUCUUUUGGCUACUGCCAAUAAUCCGUCGACCAAUGAGCCUAACAAGGAAGAAAGCGGACCGGAGCACUUGCGCAAGAUUUUCGUUGGGGGCCUGUCCACCCAGACGACUGCAGGCACGGUCCGCAAGUUCUUCGAGCAAUUUGGAGCCGUUGCCGAUGCGGUGGUAAUGCGAGAUCCUGUAACCAAUCACUCGCGGGGCUUCGGGUUUGUGACCUUUGCGGAGCCACAGUCUGUGGAGAAUGUACAGGGAGCUAGGCCCCAUUGCAUUGAUAAUAAAAAUGUAGAGACCAAACGUGCUCUGCCCCGUCAUGAUUUCGUCAAGGGGGGAUCAGGCGGCGGCCGAGCCAUGAGUGCCGCCAGUUGUGGCAUGGGAAUGUUAGGCACCAAGACGAGCAAGAUCUUCCUUGGCGGCCUGAAGGACUGUCACGAUGAGAAAUCCAUUUGCGAAUACUUCUCGCAGUUUGGAAAAAUCGCCCAUGUGAAAUUGCUAUUGGACAGAGAGACCGGACGCAUGCGAGGAUUCGGAUUUCUAGAGUUUGAGAAUCCGGUAUGCGCCGAGCGCGCUUUGGCCCAGUCAAAGCAUUCUAUCAAUCUGCACACUGUGGAGGUGAAAAAGUCCACCCAGAAGCCCGAUACCGUCAAUCGUGUCCGCUUCGCUGUGGGUGGAGCUGCCCGUGCUGGCUAUAUUCCACCGCAGCCGGCCACUCUCGAUUGCUUUGGCUACAACAAUAACUACAAUCCGUACCUGGCGCAGUCUGUCCUACCCCCAUCGGCGUAUAUCAACGGAUGGGCCGCCUAUGUGACACCCGAAAUGUCUCAGUUCGACAUGUACGCCGCCUCUCCUCAGCGCUAUCCACCUGCAAUGCGCCCCCCGUCCCAGCCGAUUCCUUCCGCAUUCGGGCCGGAAUCCUGGUCAGCUUAUCCGAAGUCGGGUAAAUUUCCUCCCCAAGGGUGGGCACCCGGCACUGUGGGCGAAUGGCAGCCAAAGGCUGGGUACAAACAUGCCCAGACUUCGACCAGUGAUCAUAUCAUAAGUGGAUUAUCUCUGGAUGGCAAGAUUGAACUCGGUGCCGGGGGCGAUGGAAAUGAGGGAUUGGCUGGAGGAAAAGCAGUAGCAGAUGUAUCGAUUGGAGCUGAGGUCACUGACAAGAAGUGGCCCACCGAGAACUACAAGAUCUUCAAGCCUGCCCAGAGCUUAGGCCAGAAUGGAGGUACCCCACCAACCUACGGUGGGUUGUGUGUAAUUUCAUAAUACCUAACUUCUUAUAACUUCCUCCAUUGACAGGCAUCUAAGAUGAUGGACUGAGGAUCCCAUGUAGCCAUAGAUUCCUACCACACUGUAAUUUCUCCGAGACUUUCAAAAAGAAGAACGAAUAAACCAGAAAUGAUUACACACACUUUAUCUUUUGAGACUUAAAAUCGUAAACUCUUGUUCUUUAUUUAUACUAUUUCUGUUGUUUUUGUUUUUUUUUUUUUUUAAGUAUUGCAUGAGUGAAUUGAGUAUGCAUAAUUGUUUUAUAUCUGAAACGCUAUAAAACGCACCACUGAAUUAUUUCCGAGAGUCUGGGGGAGGAGAGUGAGAACUCAUACGACUGACGUGUGAUUUUAUUAAAGUUAUGCUGCAAAUUGCUUGGCUUUGUGCGCAUUAAUUUCAUUUAAAUGCUGAAUGCUCAGUAGUUUAUUUAACGCAAAUGGAAAUGGGAUACGGAUUCAGUCGCAGGAAUCUCUGAUAAUGAAAAAUAAACGUGGCUUUUUCUCUUUCAGAUAUACUUUAUCUACGAUAUAUUGGUGUUGUUUGAGAAGUAAUCGCAUUUACCAGAAAUUGAAGGCAAUGAGCAGAGUCAGAUUACCAAGAACGAUAUAAAGAGUAAGAUGCGUAACGUGACCUGAUUCUAUAAAAUGGUCAUUUCGUAUGGCGCUACCCAUCUUAUUCCUUAUAUUGUCUUUGGUCAGAUACGAUUUAGUUUUAAGAGGCAGGAAAAAAGAAAUAAGACAGAUCAUAAGUUUUUCCUGGUAAACACGCUGAAUCUUUGUGGUUGUUUUAUUAUUAUUAUAAUUAUUUUGUAGUUGUAUACAUAUAAAUUAAAUUAUAAUUAAGUUCCUCUGUACUCUUUACAAACUGCAGUAUUGUGAUUUUUUCUUCGGUUUACAUUAAAAUGAGCAUGAUUUUUACUUGUUUUAUGGUUUUACUCUUACAUUGAUUUAGUUAGUACCUCUGACUUGUAUUGUAUCGUUUUUGAUGCUGUUUUGUGAUUGGAUUGGUUGAUUGGCGUGUGUGUGUGUGUGUGUCGAGAAACACUUUUAGCACUGAUCGUUGAGCUAAGAUUUGAACACUAACAUUUUCGUCUUACAAAAAAUGUACUAAAAUUGCUUUAGUCCCCCGUCACAGUGCUAAAUAUGUAUGUCUCUGGCGUGUGUGUGUACUAAAAUAUAUGCAUAAAGUAAUUGAUUUAGCAAUUGAUUCUCUAGAGCAGGCGCCGGAUCCAACAAAAACAAAUGAUAUGUUCACAACGAAUCAAAAGUCCUUAAGCUUUAACAAAACAGGGAUAAACUUAGGCAAAUGUGUGGGACGCCUGCAGUUCAAUUCAAAAUAUUAUAUUUCACACGAUUUUGUUUAAUGUUUUUAGUUUUCCUCUUCGCCUCUUGCUUUCAUAUUCUUUUGCUUGUUACUGCUGCAGUUAUAUAAAUAUAUAUAUGUAUAUUAGAUUUCUGGUAAGUCUAAAAGUUAACAUUAAAUUAUAUGAGUUUUUUGUUUUGUUUUAUUUAUAUAUAUAUAUGGAUGUAUAUAUAUAUUUGUAUAUAUUUCUUGUUACACGUUUUGCUUGUUUUACCUUGAGAAAAAUGUUAGUAGCUUGUUUUUCGUCGCCUCCCGUCUAUUAUAAUAAGUUGCUUGUUUUUGUGUUUAUAUAAGGUUCUCUCUCAUCUUUCUUUUUUUUGGGCUUUUUGUUGAUUUUAUUUAAAAAAUAUGUACUAAAUUUUAGUUCACAACUGCGUUGGAAACACCAAAUCGUUUAAGUUGCUUGACUUAGUUUGGUUUACGACCUUGAACUUCUUACACAGAACGGAAAAAAGCAAAAAACUAAACACCGUCGUCCGUCCCCGUCCCUCAACGAUUGCAUCGACCACGCCCCCGCUGCGGCGCCGGCACCGCAUUCGCCGUCACAAGCUCUCGCUCUCUUAAUUCCUUCCAUUCCAUUCCAUUGCAUACUGUGUGUGUGUGUGUCUCCAUUCGAUCCGAUUCCCUAUAUAGACUAGCUAGUUAAAUGUGUUAAAGUGUCUGCAAAUAAUGAUUUAAGUAGCAAAAGGUUUACAGUUCACAGGCUCUAAAAUGCGGCGGACGUCGACGUUCCUCACUUUUCCCUUUUUUCUGG